AUGUUCAAAUUGUUCACUGUUUGCUUUUUGGUUCUGUUCGCUGUUGCGUUUGGUGCUGUUAAACCCGGUCUGUUGGCUGCUCCAGCUGCAUUGGCUCACUCUGCUCCAUUUGCCGCUGUCCCCGUUGCUGCUGGCCCAGUUGCUGCUGCCUAUGCCGCUCCAGUCGCCGCUGCUUACUCUGCCCCCCUCGCCUACACCGCAGGAUAUGUUGCCCCUUACGCCAGCAGGUACUCAGCUCACUCGAUUGCUCACUCUGCCGCUUUCCCAGCUGCCAAUGCUGCUGCCCCAGCGGUCGCUGUUUUAAUGAAAUAG